CUGGGCUUAUUUUCAUCACAAGAAAUUCUGCAUGUGGUUCUACUGAAGUAUCGAGUCAAUUUAUUAUUUUAUAAAUUAAAUGUUAAAAGAUUUAUCAAAUAUGCCUAACAGUGACGAAAAUAAAACACUCAAUUUCCAUCAGAUGGAAUUAGACGAUCGGAUAUUAAAGGCAAUCGCAAAGCUUGGAUGGCUACAGCCAACUCUAAUUCAAGAAAAAGCUAUUCCCCUUCUGCUGGAAGGAAAAGAUGUAUUGGUCCGAGCCCGCACCGGUUCUGGGAAAACAGCUGCUUUUUCAGUUCCAAUAAUACAGAAGAUUCUAACCGGAAAACAGGCUGCUGAGGAGCAGCAAACAUCGGUAAUUAUAUUGGCUCCCAGCAAAGAUUUGUGUCAUCAGAUUACUAAAGUAAUCGAGAACUUGACAGUGAAAUGUGGCCGACUGGUACGGUGUGUGGAUCUAUCGACCAAAGUUGAAAAAGCAGCCCUUAAACACAUGCUAGCUGAAAGACCCGAUAUUGUGGUUUCGACUCCUGCAAAAUUGCUAGCACAGCUUCGAGAAGGAACGCUGAACGUGAAGGAUAGUUUAAAAACUUUGAUAAUUGAUGAAGCGGAUUUAAUGUUCUCAUUUGGGUUUGAAAACGACUUGAAGACGGUGCUCGAUUUUUUACCUAGCGUACAUCAAUCGAUCCUCGCAUCAGCCACACUUGAAAAAGAUGUAGUGGAGCUAAAGAAAAUAGUCCUCCACAAUCCUGUUAUUUUGAAAUUGGAAGAACCAGAAAUGGCCCCUGCCUCACAGCUGGCCCACUUUCACAUUCUCGCAGAAGAAGCAGAUAAAGCUGCCGUUUUAUAUACAUUGUUCAAAUUGCUGCUCAUCAAAGGAAAAAGCAUCGUUUUUGUAAAUUCCAUCGAUCGGUGUUACAGGUUGAAAUUGUUCUUAGAACAAUUCAGUAUACGAUCAUGCAUUCUUAAUUCAGAACUCCCCGCCAAGAUCCGGUGCCACACCGUAAACCAGUUUAAUCAGGGCUUGUAUGAUAUUAUCAUCGCAUCGGACGAGUUACAUGUGCUGGAUCCCACAGUUAUCGAGAAACGCGCCAACAAAAAGAAACAACUCAAACAGCUUAGUAAACAAAUUGAAUCGGAAUCCGGAGUGGCCCGUGGCAUUGAUUUCCAACAUGUUUCUAAUGUGAUAAAUUUUGACUUUCCAAAAGACAUAAAUUCUUACAUUCACCGUGCUGGGCGGACAGCUCGAGGUAACAAUACCGGUAGCGUGUUGUCGUUUGUAAGCAUGGAGGAGAAAGAACUCAUGGACUGUGUGAAUGAGCAUUUGAGCAUAGGAUCAGAAAGCGAUGAAAAAGUUCUCAAGAACUAUCAGUUCAAAAUGGAAGAAGUUGAGCCUUUCAGAUACAGAGCACGCGAUGCAUGGCGGGCAGUCACAAAACUAUCUAUUCGAGAAGCUCGAAUAAAGGAAAUAAAAAUGGAAAUGUUCAACUCAGAAAAACUCAAGGGUUUCUUCGAGGAAAACCCCAGAGAUUUGCAGGCUCUUCGGCAUGAUCGUACCCUGCACACCGUCAAAUUACAAGAACAUCUAGCCGAUGUUCCCGAAUACAUUGUACCGUAUUCUUUAAAGCACGUCACCGGAAUAGUUACAAAGAAAAAGAAGUCCUUCGUUCCGCGAAAACGUAAAUCGGAUAGUAAAGCCGAUAAUCCACUGAUGGUCGAAGGAAUGGACUACGGCAAACAAAGGCGUGUGUAAUAAAUUGUUUAAAAUAAA